GAAAAACAUAACAUACAAAUAAAGUCUAUAAAUUUUUAUUUAUAAGAUAUAUUGAGAUAUGGAUCAAAAUUUGGCAAUCGUAGCAAAAAAGUUUUGGAAAAUAGUUCGAGUAGGUAUGUGCAUGCUAAGAAAAGGCAUAUCAAAGAAGAAAAUAAUGCUCGAUAUCAAAUUAAUGAUGAAGCGUAGGAAGAUUGGUAGUUACAAAGCGGCCGUCCAAAAUCUCAUGUUUCACUUCCACCACCACCAAACUCGUAACCGUCAGUCGUACCACGUGGAGAGUAGUAAUUUACCAUUUUGUCCUCCACAUAAGGAUGAGUAUUAUGAGUUUAGCUGUAGUAGCAGCCCAAAUUUGGACAACAAAAAACAAUACACUAGUACUGAAGAGGAUGUUGUCGUCAUGAAUGCGGCCGUAAUGAAAGCAUUGGAGAUGAUUAAGGGUGAAACAACGUCACCUGAUAAUUAUUUUCGUGGGUUCGGGAGGCAGCUGAGGGUUACUGAUUCGCCUUUUCCAGUAAGAGAUGAGGUGGAGGAAGAAUCGGAUAAUUAUCAUGUAGAUGAGGCAGCUGAUGAGUUCAUUUCAAAGUUUUACAGAAAUUUGAGAAGACAAUCUUCCCUUUCUGCUUCAUAAUGUUGCAACAAUAUAUGUAUGUUUUCUUGAUUUGCAAAAGCAAUCCUAUUAGAUUUUUUGCUUUUGUGUGGGGUAUGGUACGUAGCUAAUACUAUAAACAAGAAAUAUUAUGAAGAUCAUUGGGAGCUGAGAAUAUUAGUAUUGUAUUUGCUCAACGUUCACUAAUAAAACUAAAUCAGAAUUUAGUGAUUGAUAAAUUUUAUAGCAGUAAAAA